GUGAAUCUAGCAGAUGCAGCGUUGAGAUGUUAGCGUGUUUCUGUUACUCAGUUUCCUGCAGUCUUUAGUCUAAGGUGCACGUGCGCGCCGUACGCCCGCAACGCUUUCCCGCGAAAGAAAAACUGUUCUCUAUAACGCACAUUCAAUUUGUUCAAUAAAAUCAAGUUAUCAUGCCUAAUUUUUUUCUGGUCAAAUUAUUUCGUUUGUGUUUUCCAUAGAGGAAAAUCAGUGGAAAACAAGUGCAACAUUUUGAAAAUAGAACGUAGUAUAUUCAAGGUGGUGAGAUAUUUUUGGUAACAGGGCAGGAUGCCAAACAAAUAUACUUAUCUGUUAAAGUGAUUAUCAUGAUUCAAUGAGCAUUAUUUGUAAACAGAAAAAUACAACGUGAUUGAUUUAAAUACCUUAUACAUAUAUUAUAAACCCAAAAUCAUGAUUGACUGAUAACUACAUAACUAAUUAUUUUAAAUAGUACUAUCAUAAGGACAACGAAACGAAUAUAAUACGUGAAAAAUUGCAAAUUUAAUCAUAACACAAAAACAUACGUAAACGAAGCACGUUUCUUAAAAAAUAUUUUUACUACCUGAAAUAUUAGAUACUAUAUUGUUAUUAUUAAAUGUAGUAUGAGACAGUAAUAAUGAAUGUGGACUUGGAGAAGUCAGACAGUGAGGCUGACCCUCAGCCUCAGAAAACGAUUCGUGUUCCGACACGAAGGGGACCAGGACCUCCCAAUAAAUCAUUAGCUUUAAGACUUUGGGAGCUUCUGCAGCCUCUUGCUAGAUUAUGGGGACUUAUUACUGCAGUGGUGAUGAGCGGAGCCGGUUCUGAACUGCUUGUCCUUCAAUUCGAGGUUGCGCCGGCACUGCUGGUAGGUGCGGCGACCGUCCUCAUCCUUGAAACGAUGUGGGUAGCCGCCCUAUUCGUGGACUUACUGUGUCGACGCGGCGAAUAUACGAUGGGCCUUAGGUGUUGGGAUUUCAUGCGUUGGUCGUGCGGUCGAGCACGGGCGCCAUUUUACGCUUGCGUUGCUACAGCACUGCUAUUCGCCAAUCUAACCUUACUGUCUACAGUAGCAGGUGGGAUGCUAUUAGUAUUAGCAGCUUUACGUGCUGCGGUGCCGUUUUCGCCGUACGCGACCCACGGGCCUCAUUCGCCCAGAGCCGGUAGUUCACUGCUGAGCCAACACGACUCGCCACUUCCAGACGUGUUCUAUAACGCAGCGCAUACCGGCGAAGACAGGAGCGAAGAAAUGACCGUUCUCAGCAUUAAAACAACUGAAAGGUCUCGUUCGACAACUCCCAAACCUCCUCUUUUAGAACUCUGAUUACGAUUAUACAAUUAAUAAUUUUGAUAUUUAUUCGUUAAAACAAAAAAAAAAACGCAGAACAAAAAGACGCUUAUUAAUAACAAUUGAGAUUGUGUAUUACUUAUCUUAUCUAACGGCUAUUGUUUAAGCUAUAUGUAUAUGAACUGAGAACAAUACAUACAACAUAUUUACUAGAAAGUAUUUCUAGGAAACAUUGACUAAUUUAUGUUAAUGAAAAUAGUUUUAAACAUGAAAUGCAUUGAAAUUGUUAUUGCUAAAAAAUAAUUUGAAACUAGGUCAUCAAUUUAGAUCACAGAACUCUGACCGGCAGAAGAAACAAAAAUUACAUACAAAUAUAUUAGUCAGUAAGGGUAUUACUAAAAUAACGUAGUUUUUUAUUUAAAUUAUUAUAUCUAUACAAAUUAUCUGUGAUAGACUAGAUUUCUAUAUUGUAGAUAAGCGAUUUAGAAGAAAUAAAAACUGGUGAAGACAUUACAAUAAAAAAAAUGUGCCCA